AUGAAGGCGGCUUUCAGCCACCCCAACAUCACCGAGGUUGUGGUCUCCGUCAAUAAGACCAGCAUCGCGAGCAGGUUCCAGAAGAUCAAUCCUGCAGAAGCCCUGUCGUUAUUGGAGGUGUACCUCCUGCCGCUCGUCUCAAAAUUUUACUCUUCGCCAAAAAUAAUGGAGUACCACAGGAGGAGAAAGGAGUUUGAUGUUGUCAUCACAGAUCAAUUGUUCAAUGAGAUGGCUUACCCAUUCGCGGAGGGAAUGCCUUUCAUCACCUUGGCGACUGCUGGUAAUGAGCCCCGUCAGAGCGCCGUCAUGGGGAACGUGCUCAACCCAGCGUGCGACGCCAACGAGUACUUCGACUACCCGCGGCCCUACUCUCUCCUUCACCGACUCCACAAUCUCUACAUCACUCUGACCACCGCAGGAUACUGGCGUGUGUGGGGGAUGAUGCCCAAGAUACAGAGAGAGGUAUCAAAGUUCUUCCCGAAUCUGCCCCCACUGCUGGAGAUUGAGAGGAACGUCAGCCUCUCUCUCCUCAAUUCCAACUUGGGAAACAGUGCCCCUGGGCCCCUCCUGCCCUCACAAGUGGAGGUGGGCUCCAUGCACUGUGUUCCUGGCUCGCGCCUUCCUCAGGACGUGGAGUCGUGGCUUGACGGCGCUGGCCCUGGAGGGGUGAUCUACUUCAGCUUGGGGUCGGUGGCGACGGGCGUCUCCAUGCCCGACGAAUUAAGACGAAUCUUCCUGGACGCCUUCAGAAGACUGGAGUACCGCGUCAUCUGGAAGUAUGAGUCGAAACUGGAGGGAGUGUCCGAGAAUGUAUUGAUUAAAGAAUGGAUGCCACAGCAGGAUAUUCUGGCGGACCCGAGAGUCAAGUUGUUUAUCACUCACGGUGGGCUGUUGAGCACACUCGAGGCAGUAUGCCACAGCACGCCCCUACUCGCUAUUCCAAUCUUCGCUGACCAGCCCAAAAACGCCAAGAUGAUUGUGACCCGCGAGUUGGGUCUUUCUUUGGAGUGGAGUGAGCUAACUGUUGACCUCCUCGUCGCUACCAUUAGGGAAGUCGUUACCAAUCCUAAGUACGAGCGCAACCUGAGGGAGGCGUCGAGGGUGGCGCUGGACCUGCCUCGCCCGCCCCUUGAGACAGCCGUAUUCUGGACGGAAUACGUCAUGAGACACAGAGGAGCGCCCCAACUCAGGUCUCCGGCAGCAGACCUCUCCUGGGUGGAGUUCCUCAUGGUCGAUGUCCUGGCUUGCCUCUCUCUGGCAGUCCUCCUCCUCUUGUGUGGCCUGCGCAAGCUACUCUCACCUCGCUGCAGGAUGUGGGUUGCUUAUUCUUUUAACUUGAAGAAGAAAAUUGAUUAA